AAUGAAGGACGACGCUACAUGGGGUCACAAGUUAUUAUUGUUCCACGAAGAGCAAACCCAUACGCACACACAUGAAACCCGCACGUAGCAGUUCAGCGACGUGCUGUGGUUUAGAGAGCCUCGGAUCCACCCUCCUGCUUUUCACAUGAUCUCGAAGAUUUCGCAAGGAGAGAGGCGAAUGUGGACAACAGCGAUGUCUAGUCGAAGCCAUAGUCCGUCCAUAAUGCGUUUAUUUUACACUGUGGCCAUCUGGAUGACAUUCAGCCCCUGCACCAGUGGAAGCUCCUGGACUCAAGAAAAGCUCACACACCGAGCUGCCACACUAACACAAAAUGAGAUCAAGAGCGUCCUGCCUCGCACCGACCUGGACCGCAUGUGGCAGACGUACCUGAACCCACUGCUGGUCACCAGGUACCCAGGAUCUGCAGGCAGUCAUGCUGUGCAGGAACAAAUCAAAACAACCCUGAGUUCCCUCGGAGCAGGCUGGCAAGUGACAGAAGAUAAGUUUAUGUCACAAACACCCUAUGGCUCCCUGCCCUUCACCAACCUAAUUGCCACCCUCGACUCAUCAGCCAAGCGCCGACUGGUUCUGGCCUGUCAUUAUGACUCCAAAUACUAUCCACCACAAUGGCACGGGAGGGAAUUCCAAGGUGCUACUGAUUCUGCUGUUCCCUGUGCCAUGAUGUUGGAGCUGGCACAAGCCCUAGAUGAAGUACUUAAAGUUUAUAAGAGCUCCAGUCCCGACCUGACCCUGCAGCUGAUCUUCUUUGAUGGAGAGGAGGCUCUUUUCCAGUGGACCUCUACAGACUCCCUGUACGGCUCUCGCCACCUGGCCCAAAAGAUGGCGAGCACCCCACACCCUGCCGGAGCCACAGACACCAACGAACUACAAAGCAUAGAUCUGUUUGUGUUGCUGGACCUGAUCGGGGCUCCUAAUCCUACCUUUGGCAACCGUUUCCCCAGUACAAUGAAAUGGCUCUCCAGGCUGCAGAAUAUUGAAAAGCGUCUCCACUCCAUGAACCAGCUUGUGGAUCAUCCAAACAGCGUGCAAUAUUUCUGGCCCAAUCACCCUGUUGGCCAAGUUCAAGAUGAUCAUAUACCGUUCCUUAAAAGAGGAGUCCGUAUCCUCCACCUUAUCCCUUCCCCCUUCCCGUCAGUGUGGCACACGUUUGAUGACAACGAGCAGAACCUGGAUCGCUCCACCAUCCAGAACCUCAACAAGAUCUUGCAGAUUUUUGUCCUAGAGUACCUCAGUGCCAGACCUGCCGUCCCUUCAGACCCACCGAGUACUGUGUAGAAAUCAACAUCUCCUGCAGCAACUUCUCAUGUUUCACCAUAGUAAAGAUUUUCAGCUGUUACUUUAUAAACUCCGCUGCAUUUAGUGCUUGGUGAAAUACCAAUACAGUAUCAUUUGGGCACCAACUGCAGAGAGUAUAUUGCAUAGACAAUAUGUAUAGAGAUGCAAUUUUUAUGUUGAAAUCAAAAUCUAAAUCUAUUUGUAAGUUAAUAGUUUGUUCUGUGUUAAUGUACAGUAGGUGAAUAUAUUUUUUGUCCACCUGGAUUCUUAUAAGACUUUAAGACUCUGUGACUUCAUCUUCCUCUUGAGCCCCAAAUCCCUAGCAACACAGGAUCUUCUUUGUUUUUACUACACUGCUCUCUUUAUAUCAGCCUAAACUACUCUUUUAGACCGCGAGGAGGGAUUUUAGUGCCAGCAUUGAUCUGCUCCACUUGAAUCAACAAGGAUGAAAAAUGAUUGGGAUCAGUUAAAUUUCUAUAAAUACCCUUUAUGUUUAUAUGAUUGUGUGAUAAAUAUAUACAAUUGCCACUAAAGAGUAUUGUAUAUGAUGACACAUGGUGCGUUUUAACUACAGGGUGUGUAACAUUUCCUCUCCCAUGGUAAAUCUGUUCAGUGUUAAGAGAGCAAAUCCGUCAGUGGCAGGAAGUGGGUGUCUGUUAAGUAUUUUUACUAUCACAACAUCUUUAGCCCUUCAUAUCCUGUCAUCGCAGAGAGUGAAGUGGAGGACUUCCUGUUUUUCACAUGCCUGCCUUUGUUUUUUUCUGACGUUAUUAGCCCAAUUUUAAUGUAGAUCUUAAAAUAAUAUACAAUACCAAAGCUGGAGUUCCUGUAUUUUGAGGCUGAAAUAAAUAAAUAAAUAAUGCAGAGGUUGUUG